UUAGCAAAAUAGACCAGAGAUGUGUGUAUCUACUUGGUCACCUCUGAAAAUAUUCUCUGUUAACCCUUUUCAUCCGUGAGAUGGUGUUAUUUGUCAGCACGAGCGCUGAUUUUUAUUACGUCGUCUUGCGGAAGAAUGUUAACACCUGUGGGUUUGUGUAGAGCUGGAAAACUAACUUGCCACCUCAGCUAACAAGCUAGCGCGUUAGCAGGCUCGGCUCGACGACAUAAUAGUCUGCUGUGCUUCUGGGAACACGGUGUGCUCGUCGUGUCAGAUCAACCGAGCGCUCAUCGAGGAUAGUAUGGGUGAUUUUUAGUUAACGUUAGUCCACAUCACCUUUUACGGUUGCGUUUGCUGUGUAAUAAUCUGCCCUGACCGCGGGAUGGAGUGGCACUCGCUUACUUGCUAGCAAGCUAGCAGUCCCCGGUGUUAGCAGAGCUCUGCUCUCAUUGCGCUGGCUAAAAAUACACCUCUUGUCCCAUGCUCGGUGCGCCUCCAAAAGUGGUAGGCUAGUCCAGAUUGGACUUGUCUUCGACUGUUCUGGUCAGCUUGCUCGGAGUUUGGCACUCUACAUGGUCACCACAGUGAGUUUAAGACGACUGAAAGAGCGAGUCGGACCCCGAGGUUGUGAGUCCUGCUGGCCUGAGCUAACGUCACACCGUACCGGCUGGUGGGCUUCAGGUCUCCAAGGGAAGGAAACUGGGCUUUGGCUAACCGGUGGCUGUAUAUCAUUUUGCCCAAAUGGCCUUGUCUUGUCAUCAGUAUUAAUAUAACAAGCCUUGGCUCAACCCAGGGUUGCAAGACCAAAACUUUGCGAAGGUCAGAGAAAAACGCUUUGUGUCUACUGUCAACUGUCUGAGAUUGGCGAGGCAGACUUUAUCUGUCCAGAGUGCAGCACCAUGUCGGAGGAUAACAACGCAGACAAGUUCAUCAAGGAGACGUCCAUUCUAGACGAGUACAACAUCAACUGGACACAGAAGCUGGGAGCUGGCAUCAGUGGACCUGUCAGAGUUUGUGUGAAGAAGUCAUCUCAGGAACGCUUGGCCCUGAAGAUCCUCAUUGAUCGCCCCAAGGCCAGGAAUGAGGUGCGUCUCCAUAUGAUGUGUGCCAACCACCCAAACAUAGUGCAAAUCCUGGAGGUUUACGCCAACAGUGUCCAGUUCCCGCAUGAGUCCAGCCCGAGAGCGAGGCUCCUCAUCGUUAUGGAGAUGAUGGAGGGUGGCGAGCUGUUCCACAGAAUCAGUCAGCACAGGCACUUUACUGAAAAAAUGGCCAGUCAGGUCACCAAACAGAUCAGUCAAGCCUUGGAACAUUGUCACUCCCUAAAUAUUGCACAUCGUGACCUGAAGCCAGAGAACCUGCUCUUCAAGGAUAACUCUCUGGAUGCACCUGUGAAGUUGUGUGACUUUGGCUUUGCCAAAAUUGAUCAAGGAGACUUGAUGACCCCUCAGUUCACUCCCUACUACGUAGCACCUCAGGUACUUGAGGCUCAAAGAAGACACCAGAAGGAAAAGUCUGGAAUUAUACCUACCUCACCCACUCCUUAUACUUAUAACAAGAGCUGUGACUUGUGGUCUCUCGGUGUGAUCAUCUACGUGAUGCUGUGUGGCUACCCUCCGUUCUACUCUAAGCACCACAGUCGCACCAUCCCGAAGGACAUGAGGAAGAAGAUCAUGACGGGCAGCUUUGACUUCCCUGAAGAUGAGUGGAGCCAGAUCUCUGAGAUGGCCAAGGACAUCGUACGCAAGCUGCUGAAGGUAAAGCCAGAGGAGAGGCUGACAAUUGAAGGUGUCUUGGCUCACCCUUGGCUCAACUGCACCGAGGCCCUAGAUAACGUGCUGCCGUCCGCCCAGAUGAUGAUGGACAAAGCAGUGGUUGCAGGUAUCCAGCAGGCCCAUGCUGAGCAGCUGGCCAACAUGAGAAUUCAGGAUCUGAACGUCAGCCUGAAGCCCUUAAACUCUGUCAACAACCCAAUCCUCAGGAAGCGGAAACUACUAGGCCCCAAGCCCAGUGAUAGUUUCUUCAUUCACGACCCAGAGAACGGAGGAGAAGACUCCAACGUAGCCCUGGAAAAAUUACGAGAUGUCAUUGCACAGUGUAUACUACCACAAGCUGGAGAGAACGAGGACGAGAAGCUGAAUGAAGUGAUGUAUGAAGCCUGGAGGUUCAACAGAGACUGUAAACUGCUGAGAGACGGCCUGCAGGGGCUCAGCUGGGAUGGACGAUCCUUCUCUGAUAAAGUCGACCGUUUGAAGUUGGCUGAAAUAGUGAAACAGGCCAUCGAAGAGAAGACGAAUCUCCAAGAAUCUCAUUAGCAAGUGCUGUCUUUCUAUCUUCUUUUUAUAUUGUUUAUUAUGACCCUUUUUAACCCAUAUCUGUAAAGAGGCUUUUUUAUGUAAAAUGAUGCGCUAAUUCUCUUUUUUUUUUUUUUUUUUUUUUUCCAUGAAUUUCACUUGCAAGAAAUAUUGUACAGCUGUAGAUAUAUUUCAAAGAGGACUCAUUGGUACUAUAAUUUUUUUUUAAAAUGGACACUUGCAAAGAACAUUGAGAAAAAAAA